UUUAAUCUACAGAUAUAUGGAUGUACAAAUAGAAAGAAGCCAAUCGUUUGCUGUAACAAAGCUAUAUCAUGCAGCUUUUGAGGGAGACUUGCAAUCCUUGAUAAAGUUGCUCGAUGAAGAUCGACUUAUCCUCAAUCGAUGCAUCAAUCAAAGAUCGAGACACUUGAUGCAGUCGCCGUUACAUGUAGCAGCUGAAAUGGGGCAUUUAGAGAUUAUCAAAACAUUGCUCGCUGCAAGACCUAACAUGUGUUUUGUGCGCGAUCAAGAUGGGAUGACCCCGAUUCAUGUUGCUGUGGUAAAUAAUAACAUCGAAGUGCUUAAAAUACUUUAUAAUGCGAAUCCUCACGUAGUUCGUGAACGGACCAAUGGAGGUGAUUUUGUGUUACAUUUGUGCAUCAAGCAAAAUAAGGAGGAUGCUUUGGAGGUUUUGUUGAGUUUGAUUGAUGACGAACUACUCAACUCUAAGGAUAGUGAUGGGAAUACUGCCUUGCAUCUUGCAGUGAUUGGUAAUCAAAGUAAGAUGGUAAAAUUGUUGUUAAAAUGCCCAAAGAUCGAAGUAAACGCAAUGAACAAAAAUGAGAUGACAGCUUUGGAUGUACGCAUACUCCUAAAAACAAAAAGCAGUACAAAAGAUUUGGGUAGAAAAUCAAAGCAACGCGCUAAUGGUGGUGGCAUCUCUAAUAGCAACCAUGGCAUUCUCGGUCGCAACCAAUCCCCCGGAGGCUUUUGGCAAGAUACUCAAGAUGCUCCACCAGGAUCACCACCAGACCCAAAGACGGAUCAUGAAGCAGGUCACUCUAUAGAAGAUGAUUAUCAUCAAUUUUGGUUUAAUCACUUAGUGAUUUGGAACACAAUAGCAUUGGUUUCGUCGUUAAGUGUAAUACUUCUCCUUAUUAGUGGUCUUCCCUAUGGAAGAGUCUUUGUGGCAAUUUUGAGGAUAACCAUGUGGAUUGCGGUUACAGCAACAACCGCAACUUAUGGAAAAUCGUUGUUUUUAACCAUUUAUAGUGAAGCUCCAACAGCUAAUACUACUUUAUUUUGGCUAGGCGUCGUGGUGUUGAUGCUCCUCGGACAUGCAAUUCUCUUCGUAGUCAAAAGAUCCACUUAUCCUCGAAAGAUGUAUCAUUGGAAAAUCAAGCAACAUCAAGCAUCUCCAUUACAUGUUGCUGUUGCAAUGGGACAUCUUGAGUUCGUAGUUGAACUUUUACGCCGAGAACCAAAGCUAGAUGAGAUGAUUGAUAACUUAAAGGGAUCUUCACCACUACACAUUGCCUCAGCAAAAGGGCACUCGCAAAUUAUUGAAACCCUAAUUGGUGCGAAACCUCAUAUGUGCUUUGCACGCGAUCAAGAGGGAAGAACUCCUAUUUUUGUUGCUGCUGUGUGCGGUCAAAUUGAUGCACUUGAACUCCUUCAUCGGGCAAACCCUUAUGCAGCGCAGGGGCGGACCAAUGACGGUGAAACUAUAUUACAUUUGUGUGUCAUACAUAACCAGCUGAAGGCUUUGGAGCGUUUGUUAGAGCUGGUAGAUGAUGAUGGAAAUCAGUUGAUCAACUCUAGGGACAAUGAUGGCAAUACUGUCCUGCACCUUGCAGUGAUUGGCAAACAUUCCGAGAUGGUAGAAUUUUUUUCUGGAUACCCAGGGCUAAACAAAAGUGCUAUGAACAAAAAUAAAAUGACAGCCUUAGAUAUUAUCGGCAAAAAGCAAAAUUGGAAGAAUUCUGAAAAUAGGAAUGUUGAGCAAUAUCUGAAGCGUGCCAAGGCAAGACCAGCAAAGGAGGUACUAAAGCACCAAGCGGAUGGUACUUGGUUGGAGGAGCAACGAACCUCGUUAAUGGUGGUGGCAUCCUUGAUAGCAACCAUGGCUUUCCAAGUUGGAAUUAAUCCUCCAGGAGGCGUUUGGCAGGAGACAAAGGUAGUAAAUGAUAAAUAUGCCAAUAUAGUACAAGAAGAUGGCUCUAACGACUCUACCCACUAUGCUGGUACCGCUAUAUUGUCAUAUACAAAUACAGCUUAUUGGAUAUGGUAUAAUCAGUUACUAAUUAGCAACACAAUAGGACUAAUAUCAUCACUAAGUGUCAUUCUUCUCCUUAUAAGCGGCUUUCCAUGUAGGCGACAUUUCUUGUUGAUUUUGAGAAUAGCUUUAUGGAUGGCUGUGAUUGCAACGACAUAUACUUACUACUCAGCUAUUACCAUUCUUACUUAUGCUGGAGCAGAUAAUGGUGGCAUGUAUAUUUCAACUUGGUUUUCUCUCGUAGCUUGUGUAGGGUUGAUAGGAAUCAUGCUCUUUGGACAUGUUGUGCGAUUCAUACUCAAGUUGAUUGGUUGGGAAAGGAGGCAGUCACUUAAAAGGUUUUGCAAGAUGUGUUUUCCAAAGUUAACAAGCGCUGCUGAUAACUCAAGUUCUAGCAACAAUGUAUAAUAGUGGUCAUUUAAUUUAUGACUCACCUUCUUCUCAAAUACUUCUAGUUUAUGUAUGCUUUAUAUGUAUCAUGUUUUGCUUGCAUUGCAAUUUCUUAGUAUCAUGCCUGUAUUUUAACUUUUACUUGUAAUUUGUGCUUUUCUUACCCAAACUAAAAUGCAAAUGGGCUGUCCAAUUGCUUGCUUAAUGUUUC